CAUGGCUGAGUGUGACCUUAGCAUCGACCAGGAGAAACUACCUGGAGUGAAAGAGGUUUGCCGAGACUUUGCUGUGUUGGAAGACCACUGCCUUGCCUACAACCUUCAGGAACAAGAGAACCUUACACGACUCACUUACACAAGGGGCGACUUGCUAACCAUCAAGGAGGCUACUCCGGAUUUUCUUUCACCAACUUUCACAAAGUUCCUUCGCCACCUCAGGUAGGCGCUACCAAUCAAUGCAAACUAGAACUAGCAGACAUUACAACAGCUUCUUCCCUCUUGCCAUCAACUUCUUAAACAGCUAACCUACAAUUCCUUUGCAACAUGCUGCCAAUUAUUUUGUUUUGAGUUCGUUGUCACAUUUUUCUUGGGCCAAUUAUACAUUACUCGUGCACUCACUAUUUGCAUAUCUGUUGUUGACCAAUACUGCACCACUUGGACACUGACUGAGGAGUAUCUUCAACAUUUGCACAAUCAAUAUUGUCCCAGAUUAUCGCGCUACUAGUCACUUUAAAUUGCAUACACUCCUUGAAGUCUGCACAAUGGUCUUUGCACCGGACUAUUGCUAUAUUAGUCGUUCAAACUGCUCUAAGUCGUUCAAACUGCUCUAAGUGCUAGAGGACUGCAUCUUUUUGCACAAUGGUCUAUAUAUAUAUAUAUAUAUAUAUAUAUAGUACCGGCAUUACCAGAUAACUAGCAACCCUUUAUUGCUCAGUGACUGUUUUUCUCAUUGUCUUUGUCUUAAAAGGGUUCUCUGUCAAUUGACAGUCUGUUGUCGUACUAGAGCGGCUCCAACUACCGGAGACAAAUUCCUUGGGUUUUUUUUGGACAUACUUGGCAAAUAAAGAUGAUUCUGAUUUCUACUUAAGCAUUUACAUGCCAAAGUAUCUCAAUGAGAAAAACACAACCAAGUGUAGCUUUUUUUAUAUAUAUAUAUAUAUAUAUGCAGUGGGUACGGAAAGUAUUCAGACGCCUUAAAAUUUUCAUUCUUUGUUAUAUUGCAGCCAUUUGCUAAAAUCAUUUACAGUAUUUUCAUGACCAUAAGGCGCACUUAAGUCUUAAAUUUUCUCCAAAAUGGACGGGGUGCCUUACAAUGCGCUGUGCCCUAUGUGUGCACCAAGUUCCAACAUCUAUAAAUGUUGUUGUGUGAUGAGCGCUCUGCUUGCCUUUUUUAACUUUUUUUUUUUUUUACCGCUUCACUGACUGGGAGCAUUUCCUGCCGACACGCUGCUUAUACAGAGGAAAAGCGGAUGUGGCUGAGGACAGCAUGCAGACGUAAAGGGGGAAGGGUGUGUGAAGGAGGAUGCGAAAGCCACGCCCCCAUUGAGAGCCACUUGGCAUCCAAUGUGAACAAGAGCCGUCUGGUGCAGCAGGACCUUCAGGUGGCCAAGAAGCUGCAGGAGGAGGAGGAUGAGAUCGCCAAGGUCGUGAUCAAGAAGCAACAUGUUGCCAUAGAGCGCCAGGAUAACGAGAUGGCCCAGGAGAUUCAGGACCAACUGGUUCGACAGGCUGAGCAAAAACGACGACAGCAGGAGGAGAAAGAUGCGGCUAUUGCUCGUAAGCUUUAUGAAAAGGAGAUGAAAGAGGAAAGACGACGACAGAAACACCUAGAUGAAGAGUACUAUGAGAAUCCAGAAGCUGUGAGACAACCCCUCGACCUCGACAAGCCCACGCGUCACACAUCUAGCUCCCCAGGCCCUUAUGAUGUGUAUUCUCCAGUGAGUUCCCAACGUGAUCAUUCACCAGAUUAUAAUUCGGUUGAGCCAAAAAAGAGCAGGAACCCGAAACAGGAUCCAGCAGCGCCGCACAGCCGUUCCAGGUACCCCGAGCAUUUCCUGGUGGCAGAGGGAGGCCGGGGGAGACAUGCAGAUCCAUAUCCAGAUAACCUGCUGUCCCCCAAAGGCAGGCGUGGGGACAGGUAUCCCGAUUAUGAACCUGUAGAAGGUAGGAGAGCACAUGACAUAAAGGCAGAGGACCCCGAUAGAGCGGUAAGAAGGAGAGAGAGGCCAGCUCAUUCUCCACUGAGUCCCAAGGAAAGAGACAAGGGCUGGGAGAGAGACCAGGACAGGAGACUUGACAGAGAGAGUGGCAGGGAAGUAGAGCGGGACCAUCAUUUGAGGAAACACCAAAGGUCAGACAGGGAGCAGGACAUGAGGAUGGCGAGAGGAGGAAGAGACCGGGAGCACUCCAGAGAUGGAGGACAUAGUGAGGACAGGUGUGAAGUGAUAGACAAGCAGACACACAGAGGGACGGAUGGACAACGAGCAAGGGCCAGGAGCAGGGAAAGGGCGCUUGAUGAUUUCGUCGAGCCGAGGGGGGGCAGAGUGUCCCGUGAGGAAGAAGAGGAUGUUGCGGAGAGGGCGAGGAGGGCCAGGGGUCGCCAGCGGGUUCAAUCCGGCCCCGACGAAGUGUUUGAAGAGCACAGGAACAACGACGGGAGAGGUGACAGCAGAGAUUUGUGGGAAUCUUCCAGCAAUCGUACACCCACCAGCAACGAGACAGGUCGACUUGUGCACAAAGGGAGUGGAGCAGUUGUAGAAGCAGAGUACGGGCUUGGCGAGGCCACUCGGGACCUGACCAAGCUGGAUAUGCGUGUGCAGGAGUCCAAGGACUUGGAGGUGGCCAGAAGAAUGCAGGAGGAGGAAGUCAAGGCAAGCAAGAGCCAUGUGCGUGCAGCCCAAGUUGCACAAGAUGAGGAAAUCGCUCGGCUGCUGAUGGAACAAGAGAAGAAGGAGUACAGAAAACAUCGAGAACGGGAGAAAGAGCGGGAGAAGGAACGGGAGGAGAAGGAACGAGAGAGGGAGAGGGACCACUCUGCAAUGGAGAAAAUGGCAAUGGAAAAGAGGCGACCGGAGGGGGACAAUAGGUCAAAUUCGGAUAAUGUUGUUCGACCUCGAACCCGAGAUGAGCAUGACCACCAGAGGCACAAGAACCACCACAGGCCUGCCAGGCCAUCUCAUCCUCGUACCCACGAGUAUGAGAAUGUGAACCCUGGUUACGGCUACGCCGACCACGCUGCUCCCCAACGGGCGCCUGCCAAACCCGAGGCUGCGUACAAAGGUGCCUAUUACAAGCGGUGACUCAGGCUCCAGACAGGCUGUGUGUCCUCCUCUGUCUCCUCCCUUAUUUAUCCUCUUGUCUUGUCUUCACCCAUUCACACUCUGCUGACCAAAAGCCUUCGGACAAUCUGAGUUGGCAAUGGAUCCCCCCGGCCCCACUAGGAGAAAAGAACGUGCUGGAAUCUUUGUCCCUUUUUGGGGGGGGAAUAUAUAUAUAUAUAUAUAUAUAUAUAUAUAUUUCUUUCUUAAAUUCAGAUUCUCAUACCUGUCAUAAAGCCCAAAGAGCAGCCUCAUCUCAUGCAGUCAUUCCCAAAGUUCCUGGCGGUCAAAACAGAGGCUGCAUUCACUUCGAUGCGUCAUCACAAGGGCUCCAGGCCUCUGACCCACGCCGCCUCGUCAGCUCACAUUCCUUGACAUCUUUUUUUGUUUUCAUGGGACGUGCCUGCUCAGUCCGAGGUGGCCUCAACAUUUGGCAGCUGCUUCUUCCACCUUAAAAGCUGUCAUCGGUGUGCCAUGCAACAAAAACAAAUCAAAGGAGCCAUAUAUUUUUUUUAAUUUUAUUUUUUUAAAUCAAGAUGCUGGCAGUUGGCUUUUCACUUGUCCACCAACCUUUUCCCCCCCCCCCCCCCCCCCCCCCGCACUCCAGAGGCGGACUGUAGAGGAUUGGCACGAAUGCUUUUCCGACUGACCUUACAUUGAUAGUGACCUACAAGCGUUUCUGCGUCACAUAAAAUAAACAAAACCAGGGGUGGGGAACCUACGGCUUGUGGGGCAUAAACGGUCCGCCAGAGCAUUUGAUGUAGCACACCAUACAAGUCUAAAGGUUGAUAAAAUUGGACAGGAGCUGUUACAAAACCAACAUUGUCAUAAAAUAGAACAAUAAGCAUGUUUUUGUUAAUCAUAGUGAAGUAGUUAUUAGCACAUCUGCCCUGUUGGGUUAAUGGAAGUUGAAUGGAAAUUGGCCACAGGUGUGAAUGUGAGUGCAAAUUUUCUCUCAAUGUGCCCUGCUAAAAGUCAGCCUGCAACCCUAAUGAGGACGAGUCCUAUAGAAAAUGGGUCAUAUUAUAUAUAUAUAUAUAUAUAUAUAUAUAUAUAUAUUAGAUUUUUGCAUCACAUUGGUUUUCAUAACAUUUUUAUGGCCAUCAGAGGUUUUAUGAAAUUAAAAUAAAUCAGGAAAAAUGUUCCCAACCCCAUUUGUAAAGCCUCUAAAUCUAUUAACGCUCAGCAGUCUCAUACUUGCUGUAUAGUCAUUUUUUACAGAAGAUGCGUGGCUUUGCCAUAUGAGAACUGCAAGCGCAUUGCUUGUGCUUUUGUGAGAUUGAAUAUUUGGUUAUUCGAUGGUUUGUGUGUGUGCGUGUGUGUAAAUAUUCUUCAUGUGCUACCAAACUGACUAAGAAAGGGAACAGAAACACAAUUUCUCAUCUCAUAUUUACGUUUGCUUAAAAAGGGAGAUGUUGAUUUUUAUGUAAUAAUUUUCUGCUCUUUCCUAGGAUUGUUUUUGGUUUCCGUUGUUUUUCCAACGUAAUAGAAGCACAUUUGGAAGGAGGGGAAUGCAUUCAAACUGAUCUGCUUGGCAAACUGACUUCAAAUGCACAUCAGUUCUCCGAGACAUUUAUUUUUUAUUUUUUUUUAAGUGUUUUUACUCCAUGUUCCGUUCUGUUCAUAUUGAAUAAGGUGAGCGUGUAGUGAAAAAUUCAAUCCUUAAAUUUAUUAUCAGGUGAAAUGUCUAUCUUCUAUCUCCAGCUGUGUCAUGUAUGAGUCGAUGGUUCAUUUGUAAUGUGUAUAGUUGCUAUUCUCAAAAUGGGAUUUGUGCCAUAUUUGUCAUUUUCCAAGCAAGUAAAUGAAAGCAUGGGCCUCCAAAAUCUGUUUGAUGAGAGCGCCACCUUGUGGGCUUAAGUACGAGAGCCUGUCGGUGUUUGUUUGUUGCUCUUUUCCUAUAAUGGAGAUUGGGAAAUAUCGACAAUACUGCUCAGGAUGUGUUUACUAGCGUGUGAUGUGUAUUCAAUUCAUGUCCAAUAUUGAGCAGGUCAUUUUCUCUUGUUUUUUUCCUUUUUUUAUUUUUAUUUUAUUUUUUAUAAAAGGCUUAUAUGCAAUCUCUUAAAUCAACACGUGCUGGAACAGUUAAAUGAUUGCUUUUACUUAUUGCAUCUAAAAUUGUAAUAAAGCAGCUUUCGAAGUUGG